AUGUGGCCUCCUCCAUGGCUCAUCUUGGUUAUCUCACCACUCCACUUGGAGACCAUCACUUUCUUCCUCCUCUUUUCACCCAAUCUCAAACUCCCCUUGCUCACUCUCACUACUAAUGGGGUCAUUCCUCUUCUUGGUUCUCCUUUCUUCCCUCAGCUCUCACUCUCAGACUGUCCUCUCAGAGACAUAUCCUCUGCAUCAGAUCUUCCAUCCUCUGAUCAUCCUCUUCAAAUCGGCUUGCAUCUUAAGCCUUCUCUUUUGCAUUGCUUGAUUCACCCUCAACCAUUCUCCUCUGUGAAGCGCGCUUCCCUCACUGUUUGUCAUCCUUGUCACUGUUUUUCACUAAAGUACCUGAAAUGCAUCAAAGAUUACAAAGAAUUAGAGUUGUAA